AUGUAAAUUUUAAAGAAAUUCACAAAUACCAAGACAACCAAGAUAGGACUAAUUGUGGCAUUGGGUUUGAGUGGAGUUGCAUUGAGCUAUCACUUUUACGAUAAAAGGAAAUAAUGUUGCAAAUCUGCCAACCAAGCCCCACCUCUUCUUUAAAAUCCAACCUAAAAUUAAAAUGAAUUUGGAUAGAACAGAUUUUUAACAUAGGCAGGGGCCAUUUAAAGAUGGCGUCAAAUCAAAGAAGGAAGUAUCUCAUACAAAGUGGAUUUAUUAUUGAAAAGAGGUAUUCAUAUAAUAAUGAUAAUGUGUAGGUGAAUCAUAUAGUGGGUUGGUCGCAUUAGACUUUGAAGUAAUUGAUAAUUCAAAAGAUUUGUAUGUCGAUUUCAAAGGUAGUAAAGUUGUUAGUUUGUAUGUUAAUGGAAAUAAGAUUAAUGAUUUGGAUUGGAAUGGAUUGUUUAUCAGAAUACCCAAAGAAUACUUGAGUACAUCUCAAAAGAAUAGAGUGAACAUCUAAUUUGAUUAGAAUUACGCUAAAGAUGGAUGUGGAUUACAUGGCUUUAUUGAUAAGGAUGGCAAACAAUACUUGUAUAGUUAAUGUGAGUCUUACUUCACAAAUAGAUUGUAUAAGAUUGUAUUAAUGAUUUAGUUUCCCUUGCAUGGAUCAACCAGAUUUGAAGGCCAAAUUGAGAUUCACAGCAGUGUGUCCAAAGGAAUGGGUAGUGAUUUCAAAUGAAAAUGCUGAUCAAAAGGAAUAGUUUAAUGUUGCUUAGGCAACCAAUAUCAUUACCACAUAUCAUCCUUAAGAAGUGGUGUAGAGUCAACUCCAAAAUUUCGAGAACUCAGAUUCAUAUAAUUUUUGGGUGUUUGGUGAAACCAAAACAUUGCCAACCUAUUUAUUUGCAUUGGUGGCUGGAGAAUAUUGGUCAAUCAAAUUUUAAGGAGAAGACGGUGAUACACCAUAGACUAUUUAUUGCAGAGAAAGCUUAAAAGAACAUAUGAUGGGUUUAAAGGAUUUCAUUUUUGAAGUCACUAAGAAAAGUAUGAAAUUCUAUGAGGAUUUCUUUGGAGUCAAGUAUUAAUUCAACAAAUACGAUUCAGUGUUUGUUAAUGAAUACAAUUGGGGUGCAAUGGAAAACCCUGGAUGUGUGACAUUUAAUGAUUUCUACGUUUUCAAAGAGAAGAAACCAGCAACUAGUUAUACAUAAUUUGCAAAUACAAUUGCUCAUGAAAUGGCACACCAUUGGUUUGGAGACUUUGUAACAAUGAAGUGGUGGAAUGACUUGUGGUUAAAUGAAAGUUAUGCUGAUUUCAUUUCACACUUUUGUUUGCAAAACAUUCAUAUUGAAUCCAUCAAAUUAUCUAGUAUUCCUGUGAUGUUCAAUCAAAGAAAGGGAUGGGGAUACAGAGAAGAUUAAAUGCUUACUACACAUCCAAUUGCAGGUGAAGUUAUCAAUACUGAAGUAGCUGAGAAUAUUUUUGAUGGAAUUACAUAUUCCAAAGGAGCUUCCGUCAUGAAAUAAUUAUUGUGCAUUAUGGGAGCAGAUAAAUUUGGAGAGGCUUGUGGAAACUAUUUUAGAAAAUUCGGAUGGAAGAAUGCUGUUUUAUAAGAUUUAAUCGACCAUUUAUAAGAGAAAUUUGAUAAUCCAGAAUUCACAUUGUCUUAUUGGAAAUAACAAUGGAUUGAAACUGCUGGUAUGAAUGAAAUUGAACCAGUAUGGGAUCAAACUGAUAGAUCUCAUCAAGCUAAAUUAACUGUAUUUUAAAGACCUGCUUUAAGUCAAUUCCCCACUUUGAGAAUUCACAAAAUUAAAAUAGGAUUAUUCCAUGAUAAUGGCAUUGAUUCUAUUGAUGCAGUGCUCCAAGCAACAGAGGAGAAUGUUAUCCCUUAUGAUGGCAGUAAGGGAUAUAGAGCAAUAUUGUUGAAUUUCGAAGAUUAAUCUUUUGUGAAGGUACUCCUUGAUCAAGAGUCCACAAAAUACUUCAGUUAAAAUUUACAUGCAGUCUAAGAUAUCCUAACAAGAACUUUGAUUUACAGAGCUCUUUUUGAUAGUGUGAGAGACGGUAAAAUAUGCUCAGAGGAGUACGUUGAUUUCCUGUUGGCCUAAUUACCCAGAGAGACUUCAGAUGAAAUUUUGAAUACCUAAUUGAUGUUUUUAUAAGGUGCAAUCGGAUCUAUGACACCAAGAAAGUAAUUUAUUUUUAUUAUAAUAAUUAUAGAUUCAAGAAGAUUCUUGGCAAGAGAGUCUUUUCAUUCCUAAUAGCUGAAUUAGUCAAAGUUAGUGGAAAUGCAGAAUUAGAAAAUAGAUUGAUUUUAUUAAGGAACAAUUUAGUAUCAUUUGCAUAUGAUAACUCUUGUGUUGAUGAACUCGUGGAUUGGUUCUAAGGUUAAAAUAAUAAUCAAUUAUAAUAAAUUCAAUGCACAAAGGACAAUAAGUGGGCAAUUGUUAAGUUAGUUUAUGGAUCUAAAAAAUAUGACGAAUAACCUGAAUUGAGACAAUAAUUACUAGAAAAGAUGUUGGAACUUGAUAAUUCUGAUGCAGCCACUAGAGCCCAAUUGAAAUGUUAGGCACUUAAGGCAAAUGAAUAAGAGAGGGCAGCCCUUUGGUAAAAGUUCGUUGAUCCAGACAAUAAGGAAUCAGUGAAAUUGAUCGCAGAAUCAAUGGCUGGAUUCAAUAAUGAAAGACGUUAUCUUAGUUUGGAACCCUAUUAAGAAAAGUUCUUUGAAGUCAUCGUUCAAAUCUUCCAAACUAGAAGCAACGAUUUCAGUAAGACCUUCUAUGAUUACCUGUUCCCAAUCACUGAUGAUUUGGCCAGUCUUUGCAAUGUAUUAUUUGUAUUUACGAAUUUAGAAAAUCGAGAAGUUGAGAGCUGCUGUUCCUGAAAAUUUGAUCACCCUCAAAAUGCAAGUGGAUAAAUCACUUGAUUCAAUUAAGAGGUAAGUGAAGUAGUUUGAGUGUUUCUGUAACCAAGCCAAAUUAGCCACCCAAUAGGUAUUAGAAAAUGAUGCAUGAGAUAUAACAGAUACA